UUGUACUUGUAACUCAUGGCAAACACUAACUUGAAGCUCCUGAGUGGCUGGUUCAGCCCAUUUGUUUGGAGGGUUAAGAUCGCCCUCAACAUCAAAUCUGUGGAAUAUGAAAACGUUGAAGAGACCUUGAACCCAAAAAGCCAGCUUCUUCUGCAGUCAAAUCCUGUGCACGAGAAAGUCCAAGUCGUCCUUCACGGAGACAAGCCCAUCUGCGAAUCUAGAAUCAUUGUUGAAUACAUAGACGAGGUUUGGAACACUGGUCCCUCCAUCUUACCAGCAGAUGCCUACGAUCGAGCCAUGGCUUGUUUCUGGGCUGCCUACAUCGAUGACAAAUGUUUUUUGGCCAUGAGAAAAGCUUUGCUAGAAGAAGAUGAAGAAGCGAGGAAGCCAUGCUUGGAAGAAGUGGAAGAUGUGCUUGUGACAAUGGAAGGUGAGUUGCAGAAAUAUUGCAGAGAAGGAAAGGGGUAUUUUGGUGGGGAUGAGAUUGGAUUGGUUGAUAUUACCUUUGGGAGCUUGAUGCGUUGGUUGAGUGCACUAGAGACGAUGAGUGGAAGGAAGAUGUUGGUUGAAGGGAAGCAUCCAGGUUUGGUGAAAUGGGCAGAGAGAUUCUCAUCUGAUGCUAACGUGAAGGGGUUGAUUCCUGAGACUGAGAAACUCAUAGGGUAUGUAGAGGCUCUUAAGAUGAAGCUGAAGGCUUCUGCCACUGCAAAGUAAUGGAACUCGUUUUUAUGAACUGC